CGCGCGCCCCCCUGCCCAUGGCGCUCGGGCCCGCGGCCCCGGCUCACUCGGUUCCCGGCACCUUUUCCCCGCGGCUCGCGGCGGCGGCGGCAGCGACAGGCAGGCGGGUGCGCGCCGGCGAGCACGCGCUCCGCGGACACGCACGUGGAGGGCGGACAGGGAGGGGCGCACGGGGAUCCACCCGGGCCGGCUGGCUCCCGAGGUCACGGGGACACGCGGCCACCGCAGCGCCCACGGGUGGCUCCCGGUCACGCCCGAAGCCCGGGCCGGCGCGGGCCCGCCGCGCAGUCCCCCGGCGCUGCCGCAGCGCACUCACCCUGGCACAGGCGCGCGCACCCCCGGCCACCCUGGCGCCCCGGCAUCCUGCACCGCACGGGCGCCCGCCGCCGCUGCGCGAACCGUCACUCUGCAGACAGCCAGACAAAGCGCCAGCUCGCGGGCCCCUUCACCAUCUCCCAGAGACGGGAGCCUUUGUCACAUGUCGCUGGCACCCUCCCCAGCACACCCACACAUGCCCACACACCCACACGUCCCCGCACCCACAGGCAGGGCCGGGCGCAAACCCGCACUGUUGUUGGGACCCUCACAGACACACGCUGAAGGUCAUAACCGUUCUGCAUCACCGAGUCACGUGGAGGGUCCCCAACAGGCACGGGGCCUGGGGUGGGGGUGGAAGUGAGGGGCUGGGGCGAAGCCCCCGGCAGGCCGGCUGCGGGGUGGGGCGGAGAGGGCUCGGCCUCCGGGCUGGCGCCGUGCCCCUCCCUCCCCCCCCUUCCCGGGCUCCCUGCCCCGCCCGGCGCGCUCGGGAGCCAACCGGUCUCCGCCUCCGGCCCGAUUGGUCCUGCGCCGCGCCGUUUCCCAGCAGGCCGGCGGUGGCACGCUGUUUGAAGCUGUGCGUCAGUGGUCCUCGCCGCGCCGGCAGCCCCUCCCUCCACCUUCUGCCGCUGUCGGGCCGUUUUCCUGGGAGAGCGGCCCAGGGUGCGCUCGUCUGGGCUGAGAAAGGGCUCCCGGCGGGGGUGCGGUGCGGGGAAGAGUUUCCGGCUUCCCCCCUCCGAGUGCCGGGGCUUGGGUGUGAGCGCUGAGGGCUCGGAACCAGGUAGCGCGCUCCUGGUUCUUCGGGA